AUGUCCACCAAGCGGAUUGUGCUCAUUACUGGUGCCAACACCGGCAUUGGAUAUGAGACUGUAAAGCAGCUUCUCGAGUCUGGCAGGCCAUAUCACAUCAUAUUAGGAUCAAGAUCGCCGGACAAGGGAGAUGAAGCCAUUGCUCGGCUCAAGGAUGAAUACCCUGCUACCCCGAGCUCUUUGCAGCCCCUGCAGAUCGAGGUCACCAGCGACGACUCCAUCUCAAAAGCUUUCCAGAAAAUCAGCGAUGAACAUGGAGUUGUUGAUAUACUGGUCAACAAUGCUGGGGCCUCAUUCGACAGUACCAUCGUCGCCCGCGCCAAUGACAUCGCCGCUGUCCGCGAGUCCUUUAACAAGGCGUACGACGUCAACACCUCGGGUGCCCACGUCAUUACACACGUUUUCGCACCUUUGCUACUGAAAUCAUCAGACCCGCGUCUCCUCUUUGUCACCAGUGGUCUUUCCAAUCUCACCGCCAUCGCGAGCCAUGGUCUCAUGCCGCACUUGGGCAAGAUAACAACUCCUGCGGGAUGGCCGAAGGGCCCAACGCCGAUGGGCUACCGUUCAAGCAAGGUUGCAUUAAACAUGGUGAUGUUGAGUUGGCAUUACCUCUUCGAGCAGGACGGCGUCAAGGUUUGGGGGAUUUCGCCAGGAUUCCUGGCUACUGGCUUGGGGGGCAAUCCCGAGUUGCUCAAGAAAAUGGGAGCUGGAGAACCAAGGAAGGGCGGCGAGCUGAUCAAGAAAGUCAUAGAAGGUGACAGAGAUGGCGAUGUUGGCAAGAUUGUGACACAGGAUGGCGUACAGUCGUGGUAG